ACCCGCCCAGCUGUCAGCAGUCAAGUUGCCGAGCUCCCCAGCAGUUCCUUCUGCAACACACCUCUCCAUGAUCUCUCCAUCUCUAUCUGGUAAUAAUGGCGUCUAAUAAUGGCUUCAGCAGCCGCUCAUGGGGCUCAUACCCCCGUCAGGGUAACUCGUACUUCGGUUAUGGGAACGUGCCACCGGUUGUGCUCCCCAUCCAGGCUGUGUCCGUAAACACGAGUCUCCUGACCCCCGUGGACCUCCAGCUGGACCCCGACCUGCAGGCUGUGCGGAUCCAGGAGAAAGAACAGAUCAAAACCCUCAACAAUCGCUUUGCCACCUUCAUCGACAGGGUUCGUAAGCUGGAGCAAGAGAACAAGAUUUUGGAGACUAAAUGGCAGCUGCUACAGAAAGAGUGUAACCCCGAGUCUAAACUGGAGCCCAUGCUGAAGUCUUACAUCAGAUCCCUACAGGAACAGCUGGAGCGCGUGAAGACAGACAGGGAACACCUGGAUGACGAGCUCAGGAAUGCACACGCACAGGUUGAGGAAGAAAAACAAAGGUAUGAAGAUGAGAUUAAUAACAGACACAAAGCUGAAAAUGACUUUGUUCUUCUAAAGAAGGAUGUGGACACGACGUACUUGUGUAAAAAUGCAGUGGAGGAGAACAUAUCAGGAAUCCUGGGUGACUUGAACUUUUUCAAGUGCUUCUAUGAACAGGAACUGCAAGAGCUGCAGACUGAAGUGAAGGACACGCCUGUUGUAGUGCAGAUGGACAACAGAAGGACGCUGAACAUGGAGAACAUCAUCUCUGAUGUGAAGAGCCAGUAUGAGGAGAUAUCAGCAUGCAGCCGAAAGGAAGUGGAGGCCUGGUAUAAGAACAAGUUGCACAUGAUCUCAUCACAGGCUGACCAGUGCAACACUGAGCUGAAACACAAUACAGGUGCAAUAGCUGAUUUGAAAAGGCAAAUCAUGCGACUGCAAAAUGACAUAACUUCAGUUAAAUCCCAGUGUGAGAGAGUGGAGGGGCAGAUUGAAGAGGCGGAGCGUUGUGGUGAGGAGGCGGUGCUUGACGCCAAACAACAAAUCAGAUCACUGCAGGACGCACUGCAGAAAGCCAAACAGGAAAUGACCAAACAUCUCCAUGACUACCAGGUGCUGAUGAAUGUCAAACUGGCUCUGGAUAUCGAGAUCGCCACCUACAAAAAACUACUGGAAGGAGAAGAGAACAGGCUUGGACUGGAAUCCAAUGUAAACAUUUAUCCAGUCCAUAAUCGUUAAUGAACAGCAAGAAUCCCACUGUCUACACAUCACAUGUCAAUCAAACAACCACUGCUUGUCAUUGCUGAGUGAAGACUUCAAGAAUGGGCAAAUGACAAAAGGAAGAAAAUAAUGUCCUCAAUGUUAUUUGGUAUUGCAAAAAUAAAUAAUUAAAUGUCCUCAAUGUUUUAUUACAAGCA